UAUACAUACUCCCACAUCCCACUUGACAGCUCCAUAACAUUGCGCUCGCCGGAGCGGGUCUCACCUGGCCGGCUGCCCUCUGACUGCUCCGCCUGGAGUUCGCUCGUUUUUCCGGAUGAGACCUGGAGGAAAAAUGGCUUCCCAGGAGACUUUUAAAGACUUUGGGUGCAGUUCGUCAGAGGAGGACGGUAACCGCGCGGACACGGCAGAAGGAACGGCGGAGGAGAAGACAUCUCCGGUGGCGGUGCGUCGGCGUCACCCGUUCAGCGUGGAGGCGCUCAUGUCCGGGAGGGAGGCGGACGACCGCGGCGCCGAAUCCACCUGCUGUAAACCGGAGGGAAGUUCGGUGGCGGUGUGCCCUGUGGGUUUACACUCGCUGUAUCUGUGCCGGGAGACGUGCAGUCUUCCCGGGGGAAGCCGAAAGAGCUUAACGGCGGCGCCUUCAUCGCCGGUAAAAUCCGAGGCGUCAGAGUCAGAGGACUGCGCACCCUGGGUCACCAGUAGCGCGUUUUCCACGCAGCCUCGUCACGUCAGUCCUGCCUGCCCGUUGAGGAAACACAAGACCAACCGAAAGCCCCGCACCCCCUUCACCACGUCCCAGCUCCUGGCCCUGGAGAGGAAGUUCAGGCAGAAGCAGUACCUGUCCAUCGCCGAGCGCGCCGAGUUCUCCUCCUCCUUGACCCUGACAGAGACCCAGGUGAAGAUCUGGUUCCAGAACCGCAGGGCCAAAGCCAAGAGGCUCCAGGAGGCCGAGCUGGAGAAACUCAAGAUGGCCGCUGACGCCAAGACGGCGGCGGUGGCGGCAGCCGCCGCUGGAGGUUUACACCCUGGCUUUACAUUACCGCUGUCGCUGGGCGCCAUGUCGCUGUACGGACAGACGUACUCUGCCUAUCACCACCAACACAGACCCAUACUGCCCAUUUCCCCCCUCGGACUGUACGCGGCUCCUCUGGGCUACAGCAUGUAUCACUUAUCAUGAACAUGGAAGUACCACUGCCUUUGGUGAAAUGAGUUUCCAAGGGAUCCCCAAAAAUGGACACACAGGACAUGCGGCUGACAUCUUGAAAAUCAAUGUUUAUAAUAGAUCUACUGCACAAGGAGUGUUUGAACUUCUCGAGCACUUCAAGUCAAAUUAAGAACCUAUUUUUUCCCACAGCACGGACAAAAAAACAACAACUUAGACAUCCUUUUGCCCCUUCGGACUGCCUGUUUACACAACUUGUCUAUACGAGGAGGGGCGUUACUGUCCAGCUGUUUAUACUUGUUUACUUUAGCAAUAAUUGAGCUGGGUGAGGACUUGCACUGGGCACAAUAAUACAAAGUGUGUUUCACUUAAGCCUUUCUCUCCAUUCCACUACAGUGCCUUGCGUUGGGGCCUUAAUAUCAAGACACCUUGUACUCUUGUGUGGAUGAUGAGUGUUUCAGCGAACUCAGGCCAAAUAAAACAUAUCAGUGAAGCAUUCUUUUCAUUUCCAUCCUGCAAAAAGGGGUCUGGAAAAGAACUAAUUAUCUCUCAUAGCAAUAAAAAACAUGUUCAUCACUCCCUCCCUUACCACGCAUUUCUAGAUCGUAGACAUAUUUAUUCUCCUUGAAUUAUCAUAAUACUGGAAAUGUAUGACUGCCUUAUGUUGUGUAUUUAUGAUAGGUUGUGAGAAUAUGGUACUAAAGUUCUGACCCAAAGUGUAUUUAUAUUGUUCUUCCUGAACGCCCCUUUGAAAGGGGCCUCAUCGCGCUAUGCAGUUUAUAUAUGAAUAUUUUUUUCCACCAAUGUUUUUACAUUCAGAUGAGCAAAACAAAGCCUUUCAGACUGUUUCCUUACAAUAAAUGACAUUUAAUUUUAUGUGUAAAGAAAUAAAGUAGCGUUAUGUAAACAUGUGCAGUUAUGGUCACUUUAGAGCUUUCAAAAAAAAAAAAAUCACGUUUUCCUCAUUUACCAGUUAAGGCAGCUGUUAUGCCUUU